GUGAGGGACAAACAAAAGGAGGCGCCGGAGGGGCGCAGUGGCCGGCAGCGGGACAGAGCGGCAGGGUCUCGGGGCUGCCGGCUGGGCGGCCGGGCGCGGCGGGCCCAGGCAGGCAGCUUCCAUGGCGCGAAAGGAAUGCCAGGACCCUGCCCAGACAGACGUGGGCCAGCCUCAGCACCAUCAGCCAGCUCGCAGAUAGCAGAGCCGUCCUCAGGGUUGAACCAUGAUUCCGGUGACAGAGCUCCGCUACUUUGCGGACACGCAGCCAGCGUACCGGAUCCUGAAGCCGUGGUGGGACGUGUUCACCGACUACAUCUCCAUUGUCAUGCUGAUGAUCGCUGUCUUCGGGGGCACGCUGCAGGUCACCCAGGACAAGAUGAUCUGCCUGCCCUGUAAGUGGGUCACCAAGGACUCCUGCAACGACUCGUUCCGGGGCUGGGCGGCCCCCGGCCCAGAGCCCCCCUACCCCAACUCCACCAUCGGGCCGACCCCCGACACUGGCCCCACCGGCAUCAAGUACGACCUGGACCGGCACCAGUACAACUACGUGGACGCCGUGUGCUACGAGAACCGCCUGCACUGGUUCGCCAAGUACUUCCCCUACCUGGUGCUCCUGCACACGCUCAUCUUCCUGGCCUGCAGCAACUUCUGGUUCAAGUUCCCACGCACCAGCUCCAAGCUGGAGCACUUCGUGUCCAUUCUGCUCAAGUGCUUCGACUCGCCCUGGACCACGCGGGCCCUGUCGGAGACGGUGGUGGAGGAGAGCGACCCCAAGCCAGCCUUCAGCAAGAUGAACGGCUCCAUGGACAAGAAGUCAUCAACGGUCAGCGAGGACGUGGAGGCCACCGUGCCCAUGCUGCAGCGGACCAAGUCUCGGAUCGAGCAGGGCAUCGUGGACCGCUCGGAGACAGGCGUGCUGGACAAGAAGGAGGGUGAGCAGGCCAAGGCGCUGUUUGAGAAGGUGAAGAAGUUCCGAACCCACGUGGAGGAGGGGGACAUCGUGUACCGCCUGUACAUGCGGCAGACCAUCAUCAAGGUGAUAAAGUUCAUCCUCAUCAUCUGCUACACGGUCUACUACGUGCACAACAUCAAGUUCGACGUGGACUGCACGGUGGACAUUGAGAGCCUGACGGGCUACCGCACGUACCGGUGCGCCCACCCACUGGCCACGCUCUUCAAGAUCCUGGCGUCCUUCUACAUCAGCCUGGUCAUCUUCUAUGGCCUCAUCUGCAUGUAUACGCUCUGGUGGAUGCUGCGGCGCUCCCUGAAGAAGUACUCGUUUGAGUCCAUCCGCGAGGAGAGCAGCUACAGUGACAUCCCCGACGUCAAGAACGACUUCGCCUUCAUGCUGCACCUCAUCGACCAGUACGACCCGCUCUACUCGAAGCGCUUUGCUGUCUUCCUGUCGGAGGUGAGUGAGAACAAGCUGCGGCAGCUGAACCUCAACAACGAGUGGACGUUGGACAAGCUGCGGCAGCGUCUCACCAAGAACGCACAGGACAAGCUGGAACUGCACCUGUUCAUGCUCAGCGGCAUCCCUGACACGGUGUUUGACCUGGUGGAGCUAGAGGUGCUGAAGCUGGAGCUGAUCCCCGACGUGACCAUCCCGCCCAGCAUCGCGCAGCUCACGGGCCUCAAGGAGCUGUGGCUGUACCAUACAGCCGCCAAAAUCGAGGCGCCCGCCCUGGCCUUCCUGCGCGAGAACCUGCGGGCGCUGCAUAUCAAGUUCACGGACAUCAAGGAGAUCCCGCUGUGGAUCUACAGCCUGAAGACGCUGGAGGAGCUGCACCUGACGGGCAACCUGAGCGCCGAGAACAACCGCUUCAUCGUCAUCGACGGGCUGCGUGAGCUCAAGCGGCUCAAGGUGCUGCGGCUCAAGAGCAACCUGAGCAAGCUGCCGCAGGUGGUCACGGAUGUGGGUGUGCACCUGCAGAAGCUGUCCAUAAACAACGAGGGCACCAAACUCAUCGUGCUCAACAGCCUCAAGAAGAUGGCCAACCUGACGGAGCUGGAGCUCAUCCGCUGCGACCUGGAGCGCAUCCCCCACUCCAUCUUCAGCCUCCACAACCUGCAGGAGAUCGACCUCAAGGACAACAACCUCAAGACCAUCGAGGAGAUCAUCAGCUUCCAGCACCUGCACCGCCUUACCUGCCUUAAGCUGUGGUACAACCACAUCGCCUACAUCCCCAUCCAGAUCGGCAACCUCACCAACCUCGAGCGCCUCUACCUGAACCGCAACAAGAUUGAGAAGAUCCCCACCCAGCUCUUCUACUGCCGCAAGCUGCGCUAUCUGGACCUCAGCCACAACAACCUGACCUUCCUCCCCGCCGACAUCGGCCUCCUGCAGAGCCUCCAGAACCUGGCCGUCACGGCCAACCGGAUCGAGGCGCUGCCCCCUGAGCUUUUCCAGUGCCGGAAGCUGCGGGCCCUGCACCUGGGCAACAACGUGCUGCAGUCGCUGCCCUCGCGGGUGGGCGAGCUGACCAGCCUGACCCAGAUCGAGCUGCGCGGCAACCGGCUGGAGUGCCUGCCCGUGGAGCUGGGCGAGUGCCCGCUGCUCAAGCGCAGCGGCCUGGUGGUGGAGGAGGACCUGUUCAACACCCUGCCCCCUGAGGUGAAGGAGCGGCUCUGGAGGGCCGACAAGGAGCAGGCCUGAGCACCCACGGGCGUCGAGCACGGGUGGCCUGGAGUGGGCGGCCUGCAGCCGGACCUCCAGGGAGGCCUCGGGCCCAGGGACCCAGGAGCCCCGGAUGGACCACCAGCCCAGCCUGUCAGCGGGGGUGCUGGAGCUGGGCCGGGCGACAGGACCGCACCUGAAGGGCUGGCCCCUUUUCUCCUUGAGACUCGUGCCCCCCAGGGCGGGCGCCUGAGGGGGAGAUCAGAGACCUGCAGUCCGUCUCCUAGCAAGCGCAGUAUUUGGACAAUCAGGGCCUGCUCCCUGGAGGCCAUCGCUGCCCCAGAGGCCGAGCCGACGCCAGAGGUCCAGGGACACCUUCUUAGUUCUUGGUAUUUAUUUUCUCCACCUCCCGCCCCCUCCCUCCAGAUAACUUAUACAUUCCCAAGAAAGCUCAGCUCAGAUGGGGGGCGGUUUUUGAGGAAGGGUAGCCAUGUUUCCGUUUUCCUUUUCUUGGUGGUGCCGUCAGCAUCUAGCGCCCACCCAGACGUAAGCAGAGCGGUCCAGGGUGAACCAGCUGUGGGACGGUCACCCCAGAGGUGCCAGGCUGGGCUCUGGGGGCACGGCCCGUGGGAAAGCAGGCCACCAGGUGGAGAAUCCAGGCCUGGGGUUUGCUGCCACAGUUGAGAUUUUUUUUUUAAAGGAGAAAGAAAUUUUGUUUUUAAAGAUUUGAAAAUUGAUGGUUUGGGUAUCAAAAAGAAAAAAAACUUUAAAAAAAAAAGGACACUAAAGGCCAGUGAGCUGGAGUCUCGGGGCAGGACAGCUGUCUCCCCCAGCAGAGCAGCAGGAUACUGAAUGCAGCUUCCUUCCCCCGGGGUGCAGGCUGCAGGAUGCCUCCGGUCCGCGGUGACCUUGGUCCAGGAGUCUGUUUGUCCCUCUCCCCUCCUAGUGCGGGGAUUAUUUUGUUUUGUUUUUUUGGUGUCUUGUUUUCUUUCUCCUCCAUGUAUCUUGGCAGGCUCUUGUUUCUGUGGCUGUUGGCCAAAGGGAAUGUUCCGGAGCUGCCAAGAAGGGAGGGGACUCGGGUUGGCUAAUCCCCAGAUGAACGGUGCUCCGUCCCCGCCCCCCUCCCCCCCCACGCCACCCCCCGACUUUGUCGCAGUGUUAAGGAGCCCAGAGGAGCCGCCUCGCCCGGACUUUGCUUUCCCACCUCAUGUGUCAUGAGGUAGCCCAGUGCCGCCACGAGCCUCAGCUGCUGACGUCAGCCCUGUCCCCACCUGGUGACGCGCCACCUUCAGCACGGGACACCUGGAGGCGGGGUCGCCACCGGGGUAGACGGGCUCUCCAGGUUCUGCUUACGGUUUCUGUCCCAGGCGCCCAGCCCACGCAGCGCCUGGUGGCGGGAAGGCCAGAUCCCUUUAUUGAGAUCAGUCUCCAGGGUCCCCGCCACCUCAGAUCGAUCACUUGGACACUAAGGCACGUUCUAGCGUCUCUCGUCUUCACGAUUAUGUCCAUUCGUCCAUUUGUUUUCCACGCUGUGUCAUCCGAUGUAAUCCUCAGAAAUAAUGCACACUAGCCUCUGACAACCAUGAAGCAAUCCGUUACACGUGGGUCUGAAUAUCAAAUAAACCUAUAACAGAAA